AUGAUGUUUCGAGUGCAGAGUUUUGAGGAGAAGCCUGUAUGUGUUGGACCAUGGGGAGGCAGUGGAGGAUACCGUUGGGAUGAUGGUAUAUAUUCAACAAUUAGGCAAUUGGUGAUUUCUCAUGGGGAAGGAAUUGAAUCCAUCCAAAUUGAAUAUGACAAAAACGGUAGUUCUGUUUGGUCACUGAAAUAUGGUGGAAGUGGAGGCUAUAAAAUUGACAAGAUCAAGCUUGAUUACCCAGAUGAGUUCCUGACAUCAAUUGAUGGAUACUAUGGUAAGUUACGUCAAUUUGGACCAAACUUCAUUCGGUCGCUGAGCUUUGCGAGUAACAAGAAAAUCUAUGGACCCUUUGGAGUUGAACAAGGGACAUAUUUUUCGUUGCCAAUGACUGGUGGCAAGAUUGUUGGGUUCCAUGGCAGGUACGGUUGGCGCGUCGAUGCCAUUGGAGUCUAUCUGAAGUCCUCUCUGCAACUAAGCCCUUCCAAAGCUUUGUCUUAUUCACAGAACUACAUGACUAAGUCCCCUGAGAAUGGUAGUUAUUCUGUAAUACAAGGAAGUGUUGGCCAAGGCUAUGAUAUUGUUCUUGCUUUAAAACAGAAAGAUGAUUUUGGAAAUUCUCCAACUGCGAAGAUUUCUAGCUUCAAAGAACCAAAGAACAUUGAACCAAAAGAAAAGAUAAUUUACGUGGAGAGGGAACCAUCAAUGGUUGAAGGUGUAGUGACAUACGGGCCUUGGGGUGGCACUGGUGGAUAUGUAUUUGAUGAUGGACCCUACACAGGAGUUAGGCAAAUUGACUUGUCUCGCAAUGUUGGAAUUGUAUGGAUUAGAGUUUUGUAUGAUCUAGAUGGGGAGGCUGUAUGGGGAUACAAACAUGGAGGUGCAGGAGGAUUCAAACAUGAAAAGAUAGUAUUUGAUUUUCCAUAUGAAGUCUUAACACAUAUAUCUGGCUACUAUGGAUCUCUGAUGUACAUGGGACCUGCUGUUAUAAGGGCACUAACUUUCCACACCACCAAAAGGUCCUACGGACCAUUUGGAGAAGAAAGUGGAACUUAUUUCACAACAAAGCUGAAAGAAGGGAAGAUCGUUGGAAUUCAUGGUAGAAAUGGCUUGUUUCUAGAUUCUCUUGGUGUACAUGUGGUGGAAGGAAAAUUAAUAGUGCCAGUGGCAACACCUCCUUCCAUGGAAAUCAUCCCAAGAGGACCAAGUAUUUCUGAUACAGACAAUCCUCAAUGGCCAGCCAAAGCUGUAGUUGCCAAAUCAGUACCAAUUGAACCGGUUUCUCGUGGUGUGAUUAAAGAACCAGCUCCAUGUGGACCAGGUCCAUGGGGUGGGGAUGGAGGUAAGCCAUGGGAUGAUGGAGUCUUUUCUGGGAUUAAGCAGAUUUACUUGACAAAAGCACCUGAAGGAAUUUGCUCAAUUCAAAUUGAGUAUGAUAGAAAUAAGCAAUCUGUAUGGUCUGUAAAGCAUGGUACUCAUGGAGGAAAUACCAUGCAUCGGAUAAAAUUGGAGUAUCCACAUGAGGUACUGACUUGCAUAUCUGGCUAUUAUGGUCCAAUCACUGCUGAUGAGCAACCUGUAAUCAUAAAGUCGCUGACAUUCUAUACUAGUCGAGGACAGUAUGGUCCAUUUGGUGAUGAAGUAGGGAAAUAUUUCACUUCAACCACAACAGAGGGCAAGGUGGUAGGUUUACAUGGGAGGAGUAGCAUGUACUUGGAUGCCAUUGGGGUCCAUAUGCAACACUGGCUAGGAAGUCAGAAAACUUCAAAGUCAUCCUUCUUCAAGAUAUUUUGAUUUGUGAAGAGCAAUAAUGUGCAGAGUGAUGAGAUGAUAUAGCAUGAUUACUUGUAUUCUAUAUAAAUCAUGUUUGGUAAAUGUUCCAACAACUAUAGAUUUGUUAUCCAAUGUGAAUGAUGUUGGUGUUAAUUUCUUACGCCUCAAGGUUUGGUUUCAAAUUUCAUUUAA